AUGGUAUGCCUCAUAAUCCUAAUUUGUGCACUAAAAACCAAGACUAGAAGAUCCCGGAUACCUUCUAGAAUCAUAGAGCAUAGAGAUAAAGUAAGAGAUGAAAUCAUGAGACAAAUUGUAGGCAAUGAUCGAUGUCGUGAUAUCAUUCGUAUGGGUCCUCAAGCUUUCUUAAGCUUGUGCACAAUAUUAAGAGAGCAAGGUGGACUUCGGCAUACACGACGAGCGACAAUAGAAGAGCAAGUAGCAAAAUUUCUGUACAUAGUAGGGCACAAUGUAAGAAAUCGUGUAAUGUCCUUUUUCUUUAGAUGCUCUGGAGAAACUGUUAGUCGUCAUUUUCAUAGAGUACUACAAGCUGUGAUAGAGUUGGAAGAAGUAUAUUUGAAACAGCCAGAUGGAACACAUGUUCCUCAAGAGAUACUUGACAACCAUAGGUUUAACCCAUAUUUUAAGGACUGUGUUGGAGCAAUUGAUUGUACAGAUGUGCGUGUUAAAGUUCCAGUAGAACAUGCUCCUAGGUAUCGUGGAAGGAAAGAGUACCCCACACAAAAUGUUUUUGCUGUAUGUUCUUUUGACUUGAAAUUUACAUAUGUCUUGCCUGGGUGGGAAGGAACAGCAUCAGACUCAAGAAUAGUGAAAAGUGCAUUGACCCGUGAAUACGCUCUUAAGGUUCCACAAGGAAAAUAUUAUCUUGCUGAUGAUGGAUUUCCUUUAAAGGCUUGUCUCAUAACACCAUAUAGGGGGGAAAGAUACCAUUUACAAGAAUACUCUAGAAACCCACCACAGAAUGCACGUGAAUUAUUCAAUAAUCGACACUCAUCAUUAAGAAUGGUCAUCGAAUGUUCAUUUGGAGUAUUGAAGAAGAGAUUUCCAAUCAUACAGAGUGCAACUGAACCCACUUUUGGUGUUACAACUCAAAAAAAAAUCAUCCUUGCUUGCUGCAUUUUACACAAUUAUUUGAUGGGUGUAGAUCCCAAUGAGAAUUUAAUAGAUGAGGUACAACGCGAAGUUGCAAGUGGAAGUGGUUUUCAAGAGGGUCACCAAACUCAUAGAGAAGAUAAUGAUGAUUCAGCUAGAGGAGAGUUAAUUAGAGAUAAUGUUGCCGGACAUAUGUGGCGAGAUUACUAA